AUGGGAUUCGUUCCGCCUCAUAUCCUCAAGGCCAAGGCCGCUAGCCAAGACGUCUCUGCCGAGGAGCGCGAGGCGUCGCGGAGGACGCUGGGUCUGGAUGCGGCUAGGCGGGCGGAGAGGGCGGGCAAGGGUGUUGAUGGUGAUGAGGUGAAGACGAGCGGCUCCGGUGCUGAAACUGCUGCUGCUGCUGCUGCUGCUAGGGGUGGCUCGACAGGGGUUGAGGGGGUGGAGGGGAAGAAGAAUGCAGAGUACCAAAUUCUGCCGUGGGGAAAGAGGCGAGCCAGAGUGCCUUGCUCUCACAGAGCCGUCGCAAAUAGCAAAUACAAUGGUUUACAACAGAGCAGCGCCGCUGGCAAGAUGCUGGGGCUCACACUUGAGAGAACUCCCGAGAAAACGAGCAGAAAGCUGAGGCAACUGUUCAUAUAUGUACUCGUCGCGAUGGCCAAUGAGUACUGCAGAUCAUAUUUCCUUAUUCCUCCGAAUCACCCAGUAUCAGAGACCUGCCACGGCGGUCUGACAGAACGCAUGGGCGAUCUCGGCAUCAUGUGA